AUGGGUUGGAUUAAGGUUAACACUGAUGGAGCUUCAAGAGGAAAUCCUGGGAGAAGUGCAUGGGCCUUUUGUGUAAGGAAUGAGAUGGGUAUUGUGGUGCAAGCUCGGGCUAAAGAAAUGAAUGAUCCUAUGAGUACUAAUACAGAGGUAGAAGCGCUGGCUAUUCUGCAAGCUCUUAGAUAUUUGAAGAACAAUCAAUUGGAUAAAAUCAGGAUUGAAACUGAUUCUUUAUUGCUAAGAAACAUCAUUCAGAUGACUUGGGAGGUACCUUGGCAAAUUGUUACCAUGGUAGAAGAAAUUUGGAAGCUUAUGGAGGGUAAAACUGUGGUGAUUGAGCAUAUAUAUAGAGAGGGAAAUAAAUUAGCAGAUCAUUUAGCUAAUUUAGCUCUGGAUAAUGGAGAUGUACUUUUCAAUUCUUUUCAAGAGAUGGACUGCCAAGGCAAAAGAAUAGUGAGCAGUGACAAGUUGCAAUUGCCUUACCUAAGGAUCAGGAAAUGUAAUUCAAUGUUAAUAGAGGCAUCUGCAGCUCAGCAAGUAAUGAAAACAAUCCCAUGGAAGGUACGCAGCAGAGAACAAUUAAGUGGAGGAAACUGA